AUGGCAGUGCGUCUAUCCGGGUUGCAGCGCGAGGUCAUCAAACUAUAUCGACGCUGUCUACGUGAAGCUGCGAAGAAGCCAGAGGCGACGAGACAGAACUUCCGCAAUGCUGCACAACGGGAAUUUCGCAAGAACACGAAGGUCGACAAGAAGGACUUUGCUGCCGUGGAGACUCUUUUGAGAAUGGGCUAUCGGAAGCUGGACCUCUAUUCGUCCCCUGGUGUUCGCGACAUUCAUUGA